AUGGAAAAGUUAAUUGACGAACUGAAUUCGACGAACGUAAAAUUGCGUUCGUACCAAAUCGAUGGAAUAAAAAAAAUUUUAAAUUGGUAUGAAAAUAAUCGCGGCGGUAUUAUCGCUGAUGAAAUGGGACUCGGUAAAACUUUCCAAGCGAUAUCGAUUUUAUCGAUUCUGAUCAAUCAACGAAAAUUGAAACCACAUCUGAUUGUUUGUCCAUUAUCAAUCAUAAAUCAAUGGCGAGACGAAAUAAAUAAAUUUUCAGCGCGAAAAUUAAAAGUCGUUAGGUAUACGGGCAAUUGCGAUGAAAGAGAUGCUAUAAGGAAGAAACUGAAUGAAACAAGUGAUUGGCAAAUAUUGCUAACGACCUUUCAAGUUUUCUACGUUUUAUUUCUCACCACACAUAUGCUUUUAAUUUUCUUCAUUUAUUCCGCUCAAUUGUUUUAUCUCGAAUUCUAUUCGCUGAUUUUCAGUAAUAGCGAGCAUAAAGCCCUCCACGGCUAUGUUCUAAAAGAUGCUGCUAUCUUCUUUUAUAAGAAUGCUUGGGAAUCGUUAGUCUUUGAUGAAGCCCAUCGGUUAAAAUCCUCCGAUUCAAUGUUGCAUUCAAUUAUCCAGCAGUUGUCAAUAAAAUUUAUUAUUUUAUUAACUGGCACUCCUAUUCAAAAUAACAUUGGAGAACUUUUUUCUCUGCUAUGUUUGGCCGAUUGCAAGAAUUUUUCGAUAGAUCAUAAAGAUGCUUUUAUUAUGAAAUAUGGUGAUGCAAAAAAUCAGCAAGCCCGUGCUGAACUUCAUGAUAUAAUAAACAGUUAUAUGAUACGAAGAACAAAGGAAGAAGUUAAUAUUGAUAUACCGAACUGUAUGCAGACUAUUCUAUAUCAUGGUAUAAAUAAUUUACAGAAAAAGCUUUAUAGAGCAAUACUUUUGAAGAACUAUGAAUUCUUUGAUUCACUUGAAUGCCAAUUGAAUAAAUCAUCUGAUAAAUACAAAGCAUCAUUGCUGAAUGUAUUAAUGCAACUUCGAAAAUGUGUAGCUCAUCCUUACCUUUUUUCUGGAGUUGAACCAGAACCUUUCGAAGAAGGCGAACAUAUUAUUGAAGCUAGCGAAAAAUUUGUAAUAUUGGAUCAUUUAUUGUCAAUAUUAUAUGUUGAAAAGCAUCGUGUAUUAAUUUUUUCGCAAAUGACUCGAUUGCUCGAUAUCGUCCAAGAUUAUCUUAAUUAUCGAGGAUUUUCAUAUGAACGUCUCGAUGGAAGUGUUCGUGAUAAAGAAAGAUUUAUCGCGAUAAAAAAUUUUGAAUCCAAUUCUUCUGAUAGUUUUUGCUUCUUAUUGUCCACCAAAGCUGGAGGAAUAGGUUUAAAUUUGAUAUCAGCUGAUACUGUUAUUUUCAUGGAUUCAGAUUUUAAUCCUCAAAAUGACGUUCAAGCAGCAUCUCGUUGUCAUCGUAUCGGUCAAACCAAACCAGUUAAGAUAUUUCGACUUGUUGCUAAACACACCGUUGAAGAAAUGAUAUAUUUUCGCGCCAAUAAAAAAUUGCAAAUGGCCAACAAACUUAUGGAAACCAAUUCUUCGCACACUGAGGAUAAGUUAACAGCAGCAGAAAUAACUGAUACAGUACUCCAUGGUUUAUCUCAUCUUUGUGAAGCUACAAAUAAAUUCUCAAUAAGCCAAAAUGAUAUAAAAAAAUUAAUUGGAGAAACAGAUGCUAACUCGCAUUGGAUUAUACCUUCAGUUCAGAAUUCCUAUACAAAUAAUAAAACGGAAAAUGAAAAUGUCGACAAUAUUUAUUUAUUUGAAGGGAGAGAUUACAAGAAAGAACGUGAAGUACUGAAAGAAAUUAUUGAAAGUGCUAAAAAUGAACUAAUAAACCAUAAUAAACCAUAUAAAUCUAAUGGUUUUGAAAAGCAAAUGAAGAUUUCUCUGAAGAAAUUGAGAAAACCUCUGGCUAAAGAACAAAUUGAAGCCAUUGUACAAAAGCGUUAUACAAGUUUAUCAUUGCCUGCGAUAUCGAGCAUAAGCGAAGAGUCCAAUGAUAUCGAAUCAUUUGAUUCUUAUGGUCCAUAUUUUAUUACUGGUGACGUUACUAAGCCUCAAAGAUCGUCUUCUGAUCAGUUUAAUCAUUUUAUAAUCGCACAUAUUAUAGAUAAUAGUGGUAUAUUUGGUAAUGGUGGAGUUUUCACUGCAUUGAGAAAAAAAAAUAUUUCUAUUGUCAAUGCAUAUCACAUGGCUUCAAAAAUGAAAGAUUUAUCUUUGGGUGAUGUUCAUUUGAUAGAGAAUAUAUCUAAUUCUCGGCAUGACUCUUGUGAGUAG